ACAUUUGGUCGCAAUCUAUGUCCACAUUAUGUCCAAUCGGGUGCUGAAGAAACUGUACGGAGAUAGCGAUGGGUUGAUCGGGACGGCAGAGUCGGCCGCCGCCACAGCACCGGUAGCCCCGCCGCCGGUGGACAGCCAUCUGAGCCCCGCGUCGGACAGCGAUUCGCUCAAUAAUGACAGCAAUAGUAGGCCGUCGAUGGCCCGCAAGACCAAGAAGUUGGCCAUCAAUCGCUUUGAAUUAUUGAAUAAUUUGGACCAAAACUCGAUGUCGGAUACGGAGGCCAAGGAGGACGACGACAAAGACAACGAUUCGGUGCGCAAUUGGUUGCCUCCGGCGACGGCAGCGGCCACUGUGACCGAGAAGUGUCGGCUCGAGAAGCAGGACUCGACGCAGAGCACCGACAGCCUGAAGAAGCGCCGCAAGAAGAAGAAGAAGAUCCGGUCGCAGAAGUCACUCGAAGGACAACUGGACGCCCAGAAUGGCGGCGACGACGAGGACGACGUGGACGGCGCCAUACAAGAGGUGAACAAACUGUUGGGCAACUGUCAGCAGCUCGAGGCGAGAGCUGCCGGCGCCUCAGGCGAGAGUCGGGACAAACAACCGGCGCCCAAGAAGUCGGUGAUCUGUGUGGAGGCGAGACAUUUGAAUCCCGAGAACGAGAUGAAGAGGAUAUUCGGCUCGAAAGUCAUACAACAGGCCGAGCUGUCGGCCGCCGGCGCCGCGGCUAACCGUAGGCGCGCCGGUAGGCACCGGCACAGCAUAAGCCGGGCGUGGAUUCUCGUGAACCCGAAGAACUGGCAGAGUGUCGGCAAAUGCGGUAUUAGUAUGGAGUGCGCCGACAGGGGCGCCACGGCUGGCGACGCCAUGCGCUUCAACAUCGUUCACAACAAGAGCUACCAAUCCGUUCAGUUCAUGUUUAUGGACGCCGUCGAGAGCUAUAACCCGGACAAUUUGGUGGCCAUUCUGAACGCCCACCCCUACCAUAUCGAUACACUCAUCCAAUUUAGCGAUGUCUGCAAAAUGGCUGAAGACAAUCAAAUGGCCGCCGAACUCAUCGAGCGAGCCCUGUAUUGCAUCGAACAUAUAUUUCAUCCGCUGUUUAACGUGACUCAAGCCAACUGUCGGCUGGACUACCGGCGCCCCGAGAACCGAGCUUUUUAUAUCGCGCUGUUUAAGCACCUGUCGUUUGUGGGCCAACGGGGCUGCAAUCGCACGGCCCUCGAGUUCUGCAAAUUAAUACUCGGUCUGGACCCGGAAGGCGAUCCCCUAUCCGUGCUCCUGAUGAUAGACUUCUAUGCGCUGCGGUGCGAGCAAUACGACUAUCUCGUGCACCUGUACGAGGAAUGGGAGGCCACGAAAAAGUUGUCGCUGUUUCCUAACUUUCGCUACUCGACGGCGUUAGCCCUGUACUACAUGUCCCUUAAGGCGCCCGAAUGGGUCGAUAAGGCGGACCAGUGGCUGCAGGAGGCGUUGAUUAUGUUCCCGGGGGUUCUGUUGGCCUUACUCGACAAGUGUAGCGUAGAACCGGACCCCCAGGUGUCUAAAUGUGAUUACUUCCGCACCGCUCAAUACCAGUCGACGCAAGCCAUCGCACAGUUGACUGUCCUAUACAUCGGUCGCACAUAUCUGUUGUGGAAAGAUAAGAGUGUCAUGUCGUGGCUCGAGAGGAAUGUACGACAAGUGAUGCAUAGAGUGGCGGCGAAUGAUCCGUUUGUCGCCGUCUGCAACGAUAGGUAUCCGAUAACUACCGACACCCAGACGCCAGGCGCCGCGGCCUCCGAUCAGGGGUUGUUGAGUGUGUUCUUGAGGUCAUGGCUGCCGGACUUCAACGCCGAAGAGUUGGGUAUCGGCGGCGGCGGUGGUGCCGGCGCUAGGAAUCGAGCCAUGGGUCGAGUGGAGCGCCAGUUGGACAACGACGCGGCUGCCGGUGCUGUGGGCGGCGGCAAUAGGAGAGCACCGGGCGAUACGAAUGACUUGAGACGAAGUGUUACGUCGCUGUUGGACGCCAUGAGGGAUCUGUUGAGUAAUAUACAUAUGGCUGACGUCCCCAAUGAGGGCGACGUGUCCAGUGAGGACAACGAGGACGACCAUCACCAGCACCACCACCAACAGCGCCCACCGAACGCCCCCGUCCAAAUCAGUGCACAUACACAACAACACGUGGUGUUUCUCCCGAUGGCUUUCCGGUGCAUCAAUGCCUACCAUUUGAGCGACAAAUUCGUGCGGAAAGCCUUACUUAACCCCUCAGCCACUCAACACUACGUACGUAUACCCCCUCUCUCGGGUGCGGGCAGGGGUUACCCGCCCCCUCCAUCCCUCGCAGUGAAGCGAAACCUACGGCUCUUAGAGUCGACACACUUUUUGCCCAAAUUUAACGACUUGUUGAACGAGUUUCGGGUGUAUUUGUGCGCUAAGGGGGCGCCUCCUAAGGGCUUCGAGAAGUUCUUUGAGCCCAACGGGAGUCGCGCCAUGGCGGCGGGGCUACCGGACGGCUCGUAUUUAGCGGAAUUCCUAUUGGAAAAGGGCUAUGAUGUGCACGGAAUCAUACGGCGGUCCAGUAGUUUCAAUACGGGACGCAUACAGCACCUGUACGACGACCCCUACACCCAUCAAGGGGGCUCCAUGCGCUUACAUUACGGCGAUAUGACGGACAGCUCGUGUUUAGUGAAGAUCAUACACGACAUCCGGCCCACAGAGAUCUACAACCUGGCCGCCCAGUCCCACGUCAAGGUGUCGUUCGACCUGAGCGAGUACACGGCCAACGUGGACGCCCUGGGCACCCUGCGCAUACUGGACGCCAUACGCACGGCCGGACUCGAGCCCACUGUCCGCUUCUAUCAGGCGUCCACUUCGGAACUGUACGGCAAAGUGCAGCAAAUACCGCAGACAGAGACCACACCAUUCUAUCCGCGUUCGCCGUACGGUGUAGCCAAACUGUACGGCUAUUGGAUUGUCGUCAACUAUCGCGAGGCGUACAACAUAUUCGCGGUGAACGGCAUACUAUUCAACCACGAGAGCCCCCGUAGGGGCGAGACGUUUGUCACGCGUAAGAUCACCCGAUCGGUGGCCAAGAUCUCGCUGAACGAGAUGGACCACUUUGAGCUUGGUAACCUGGACGCCCGACGCGACUGGGGUCACGCCAGGGACUACGUGGAGGCCAUGUGGCUGAUGCUGCAACAGGAUGUGCCCCAGGAUUAUGUCAUAUCGACGGGCGAAGCGCAUUCAGUCCGCGAGUUUGUCGAGUUAGCCUUCAAACGCAUUGGACGCACCAUUGUGUACGUAUGGGAAGGAAGCGGUGUUAACGAAGUGGGAAAGGAGUUGGAGUCGGGUGUUGUUCGCGUGAGAGUCAAUCAAAAGCAUUUCCGUCCGGCUGAAGUGGUGAGUCCUACCAGUCCUACCAAUCCUGUCCAUUAUAUUGUCAACAAUAAGAGGGUGGAUAUCGAUAGCACAUACAAAAACACACACAUUUUUUGAUGACUACUAGUGCUAUAGAAAUGGAACCAAUUUAGUGGC